UUUAAUCGCAACGCAAGUAAACGGAGUAAAGUAAAAAUGCUAACCGGCAGUGUGUCAGUGCAUUACAAAAGUAAGAUAUCUCAGUGCUUUGCGAAUUCCUCAAAAAUAAUUGAAAUCGGCGCACGGUUGUGAAUUUGAAAAAAUAAAUAUUUUAUAAAUUUUUCUUGAAAAAACUGUCAUAAAAACAAAUACAAAUUGAGCAAUGAAAUUCUCUCUAGCACUUCUGCUAACCUUUUGCUUUGUAUACAGAGAGGCGCCUGCUAUUAUUUUCAAUCAAAUGGAUAUAAAAAGUCUCUUAACUAGCGGAGCUUUGGAUUUAAACGUGUUAAGAUGUUUUCUACACAAUAAGAAUAUAUGUCCAAGCCCUUAUAUAAUGUACCGAUUGUAUUCUCCGAAAUCAUCUCGUCAUGGGAUUGCUCUGAAUAUACAUAAUCCCUUAACUUUAUUCAAAGGAGAUUUUAAUCCACAUCGGGAAACAGCAUUUAUUGUACACGGUUUCAAUGGUACCGCAGUUGAUGUGCAUUUGCAGUUUCUAAAAGAUGCAUAUUUAUCUCGUGACUUUAAUGUUAUCACUGUAGAUUGGCGGCCAUUAACACGCUAUCCAUGCUACUUACAUGCUUUGAUUAACACCCGCUUGACGGCCCAAUGUACUGCGCAGGUUUAUUCUUUCCUCACGCAUCAUGGGGCAGCUCGUGAAAAAAUCACAUGCAUUGGGCAUUCCCUUGGUGCCCACAUUUGCGGUAUGAUUUCCAACCAUUUAUCGAUAAAACAGCAUCGUAUUAUCGGUCUUGAUCCCGCACGACCACUCAUCGAACGUAAAAAAAAUCACAUCUUCAGAUUAUCCAUAGAUGAUGCAAGUGUUAUACAGGUGAUUCACACCAAUGCAGGUUUCUUGGGCCAGGAAGAGAAUAUAGGUCAUCUGAACUAUUGCAUUAAUGGUGGCAGAUUUCAACCAUUUUGCAAGGGAAAUCCUAUAAGACGGUCCCGUUGUUCGCAUUUUUUAAGUAUUUGCUUCCUCGCCAGUGCUAUGUUCAAACAUAAAAAAUUUGUUGGCGUUUCCUGCCCAAAUGGCUGUAAAGAAGGGUCUCAACAUAUUCCGGUUAGUGCGAAAAAUCCUUUUGGAGUUGUUACACAAACGAAAGAAUAUAAUAUUGGCAAUGAUGCCCCUGACGACGCGAGAGGUUGCUACUGCAUCGACAUGCCGUUUGUAAAACAUUGCCCAUUCAAUGACUAGGAUUCGAUACAAUCAUCGAUGUGUGCAUGUAUAUAAUAUUAUACUUAUUUAAGAUAAUUGUACGAAAUUAAGACUUUAAUAACGUUAUUUAUUUAAUAAUUUACGUUAAUUACUGUAAAAUAAGGAUAGUAAUUUUGCAGGAAUGUGGCUAUAAGAAAUACAUAAAUAUAACCAAUUCUAAGUACAAAAGGAAUUUCCGUAUAACAAUUGUAAAUGAUUGAUUUUACCCAAAAUUCUUUUAUUAAUAUUAUAUUACAGCUUUUAUCUAUUUACUUAUAUACACCACGCAAACCUUACCACUACACUUUCUUAAUUUUUUUUUCAGUCAUUUAAUUUCAUUUACACUAUAAUUGAAAUUAAUAUUUUAUUUUAUUGCUUUUGUAUAAGCACAGAAAAGCUAAUUUGUGUUUUACUCAUUACACGUUAUAAAUUAAAAACUAUAAUUAUAAUUAGAUAAUAUAAUUUAGUUUACAUAAAAAAAGCCAAAUUGAAAAAAUUCCGAACGAACGAAGAAGACGGAAAAAAAAUUGAAGAAAAUAUAGUGGUAAGGUUUGCGUGACCACGAGUACAGUGGUGGUCUUAUAAUUAGAAACGACUUUGCUGCAUAUAGUUUUCUUAAUUUAUUUUAAAAAUUUAGAUUGCCACAUUAAAAAUAUAAAUCGGAAUUAACAAAGUAACACAUUUUAUUUGAGUUUUACAUAAAAAAAAACAACAACAUUAAUUAUAUUUUUAAGAAAAUGAGAAAAUGAGGUAAACACAAAGAACACCAAAUUCAGUUUGGUCAUAUAAUUAGAAACGACAGCAACAACUGAAAAAUAUUUAUAUAAAAUUGAAAAAACUGAUAAAAGUUUUUAGUAUUUUGUUGGAUACACCUUAUUUUUAACAACAUUGUCUAGCCUUCGCGGGAAAUUUUGAAUUAAUUGUUGGCAUAUUUGCACUGAUAUGCUGUUGCCAACUUUGUUGAACCAUUUAAAACAAUUCGUCAAUAUUUCGCGGUUUUUUCACAAUUGCCCAUAAGUUUUCAAUUGGAUUGAGAUCAGGUUUUUGCGGAGGCCAAUUCAAAACAUCAAUAUUUUUAUCCGAAAGCCAGCUUUUCGCUAACCUUGAAGUGUGUUUUGGGUCAUUAUCGUAUAUACCAAAUUUCGUGAAUAUAUCUUGCUAAUGUGAAAGUUGUCCAUACAAGAACUUGAUACCGAUCGUUCAGUUUGUAUGGCAGCUAUAUGUUAUAGUGAUCCGAUAUCGACCGUUCCGACAAAUGAGCAGCUUCUUGAAGAGAACAUGACGUUUGCAAAAUUUCAAAACGAUAUCUUAAAAACUGAGGGACUAGUUCGUAUAUAUACAGACAGACAGACGGACGGACAGACAGACGGACAUGGCUAAAUCGACUCAGCUCGACAUACU